CAACGAUUCCGGUGCCAACACGCUAUCUCUCUGUCGCAGGUGACAGGCAGGCACCACUGCACCGCAGCGAGACGUACGCCACGCGGGAGGUCAUUCUCCCUCUACAACUGUGACCAACCUCAAACCACCCACUGCACCCAUAGAAGCCGCGGACCGCCAUCCCGUCCCCCAACACGGCAACCUCGAUUACUCCCGCCUUACCACAUCCAUCAACUGACCUCGCUUUAACUGACAACAUCCCCUUGUUCGACGGCGGCGAAACGGGCACGUUCGACACCUUCUCUUUUAUCAUCCUCUUCGUUUUCUUCACUUUUCCAGGUUAUCUCGUACAUCUCCAACCCCAUCUUCAACUGGCCACGACCGCCACCUCCUCUCAACAUGUUACCCUCUGGGAAGAGGAAAGCGGAUGCAUUCAGUUGCACAUCCGCCGCUAGAGUCACCGCCAAACUGGCCUUGUCCUUUCUCGCUCUCUCGACAACACCACUCGUCAACGCUUUCUCCUACGAAGAACCCAACGCGCAGAUAGUCUUACCAAUCGAUGCAUCACCGAUAAAGCCACUUCUACCCGAGCCUCCAGCACCGGCUGAGCACAAAUUCACACUCCGACACAUCUACCACCACGGUACCUACGAACACCCGACACUGCACCGCAAAAAGGAUGUACCCGCACAGAACGCCGACGUAUGGCUAGCGGCCGACGAUGAAUAUGGCCAGGAGCGCAUCGGAACCCUCAAGGCGCGCAGCAGCCCGGUGCGGAUACAACGACUUGCCGACCGGAGGCCUAGUGUCGUAGAUCCCAUGGUCGCUUAUGCACGGCAACAAGGCUACGCUUCCGUCCUAUCACCCGAAGCAUGGACCAUGGACGAGGUUGCCGGACCUGAUAUCACGGAUAAAGACACCAUCAUAUCGUUGGCGCUCAUGGCUGCUGACGCCUACGUUCAGACUCCGGAUGGCGCAGACUGGGAGGAUGUUGGGGCCCCGUUCAACAGGAGCCUCGAUUUUGGAUGGGAGGGUGAUGGACUUCGGGGCCAUGUGUUUGCCGAUGAGACGAAUUCGACCAUCGUUAUCGGCCUAAAGGGAACAUCGGUUGCUGUCUUCGACGGUGACGGCACCACCACCAACGACAAGGUCAACGACAACCUCUUUUUCAGUUGUUGCUGUGCUCAACAAGGACCCUGGACCUGGCAUCAAGUUUGUGAUUGCGCGACAGGCACUUACUCUUGCAACAACACCUGUGUCGUACAGGCAUUGCGCCAAGAGAACCGCUAUUACCAAGCUGGCCGCGAGCUCUAUGCGAACGUCACUGAGCUUUACCCCGACGCCAACGUGUGGAUUGUCGGGCAUUCGCUUGGGGGAGCCAUGAGCUCUUUGCUUGGCUUGACUUAUGGUGACCCGGUUGUGACGUUUGAGGCAGUCCCCGAAGCUCUCCCUGCCAAGCGUCUGGGACUUCCUAUCCCCCCUGGAUCGGAUCCAGAUGCGCCUCAGACCCGAGAGUACACGGGAGCUUUCCACAUUGGUCACACAGCCGAUCCGGUGUACGUCGGUACCUGUAACGGAGCUACCGCAACGUGCGCUAUUGGCGGAUAUGCAAUGGAGUCAGCUUGUCACACCGGCCGGGAGUGUGUCUAUGAUACAGUUGGCGAUUUGGGCUGGCGUGUUGGCAUUGGCACCCAUAAGAUUCGUGUGGUUAUUUCGGAUGUCCUCAGGAAGUAUGAGAAGGUCCCCGAGUGCAAGUUUACACCGGAAUGCAGAGAUUGCGGAAAUUGGAAGAUGUAUGAAAGCAAUGGAACCGAAACCACAACCACCUCGAGCACGCCUACUUCAACUUCCAUGACCCGGACCCGGACUGAAACCUGCAAAACUCCGGGAUGGUGGGGAUGUUUGGACGAAACCACUACCACAACUGGGAUGGCAACCACGACGACAAGCGAAAUGCCCACAACCUCUACCACUACGUGCCACACUCCUGGGUGGUUCGGUUGCAAGGACAAGACUACAACCUCGACCGCAUCAACAACAACAACUCCUAUCGCGACAACAGCAACAACAACAACAACAAGCAGUACCACAUGCCUAACUCCCGGAAAGUUCUGGGGAUGCUAUGAUAAGACUGCAACGACGGAUAUCGGAUCACCAUCCACUUCGACAGAGCUUACGAUUACUUCAGCCCCAGCCCUGCCGAGCUCGGUGCUUACCCCGUCAGCAACGGCUACUCCGCCAGAGGGACAGCCUGACGAUAGCGGUAAACGUUGCCGUGGCAGGACAUGGUACGGGGUGUGCAAGGACUAUGAGGGCGGUGAAGGGCCCGUUAACGAUCUAUAACGAUAAUCAUGGUGAUGGGUAAGGUAUUGGCGUUCCUUUUUUUGUGACAUUAUUUUAGGUUUUUGGGUAUGACCAUGGGCGCGAGUUGGGAAUUUCAGGAUGAAGGGCUGUAGUUUGGCACAACAGGCAGAUACAUACAUACGCUAGAGAAGCACACACACAAGCACACACUGUGACAGAGAGGAAAUACGGGCGUCUUGGAGGUAUUAUUAUCACAUUGCAUCAGCAGCAGAUUUCUUAUCAUUCUUUUUAAGACAACUGAUACGUGAUCAAGAUGUCAUCGGAUGCAAGUAGCAUUUGGGUAGUUAAACGCCGUGGCAAAUGUAACAAUGAUGGGCUGCG